AAAUCCAACUCAGAGCACUCUUAAGGCUGUGAAUUAGACCUCCAAAAAGAGAGAGAGAGAUAGAACUCCUUCUAUCUCCAAAGAACCAGACGAGGAAGACGACUCCAAAUAAGGCUAUUCUCGCAUCUCUCCCACCCGCUCUUUUUGUUUUUGGUCCUUCUUAGACGUCUUAAUUUCCAUUUAACCAUCUCAAGAAUGGGAGAUUUUGUGGAAAAAAAAAUUCAGUGAAGCAACAACGAAAUUACCGUCGUGGGAACGAAAUUGCGCGGCCUUGGGGGAUCACACGAUUUGGAAAAAAUCACUAAAUGACUUCUCGAAUUCUCGCGGCCGCGGCAAAGAAGAUCGGAACCGCAGCAGCGAAGCGGCAAGCGCUGACCUUGACGGACGCUGCCGCCGCCAGAAUACGCAACCUGCUACAGCAGCGCCAACAGCCCUUCCUCAAAUUGGGCGUCAAGGCUCGCGGCUGCAACGGCUUGUCGUACACUCUCAACUACGCAGAUGAGAAGGGGAAGUUUGAUGAAUUGAUUGAGGACAAGGGUGUGAAGAUACUGAUUGAUCCAAAGGCCCUCAUGCAUGUGAUUGGGACCAAGAUGGAUUUUGUAGAUGACAAACUCAGGUCCGAGUUCAUAUUUGUCAAUCCGAACUCUAAAGGGCAGUGUGGCUGCGGUGAAUCUUUCAUGACAACUUCCAAUUCUCCAGCUGCAAAGCAGGACAUUGGUUAACACUUAUGUUGAACUUGUGAUGGAUCAAGACUCUAAGGAACCCUUCAUUUUAUACUUCUAUUACUCAAAAGUUUCUCCUGUUGGUGACAUCUUGGAGCAGCCACACUAACAGGUCCUUCAGUGUAUACUGUAUACAUUCUUCUCUGAAACCGAUGCUAAUUGGGCUUACAAGAACUUUCUGUAAUCCUGCCAUAUAUGCUUUGCUGAUGUAAAUGUUAUAGCGGAAAGAACUGGAACGUCUUAAAGCAGCUGUCAUGUAAAAUCUGUUUGAAAUGAAACUGGUUUUCAUUAGCAUCACAUGGCCAUGGUCAUCGGUGCUAAUUUUGGCUUCAA